AGUGGUCGGCGUUGUAAUUGCCUGGCGCUGCAAUCGCAUAAUAAAACAGAAAAAUGGCGGACUUGACGAGAAGUAGCCUUGGUAGAGAUAUUUGGUCGAAUGUGUCAUGGAAAACAUCGUUUCAAGGAAGGUUAUUCAUACUGUUUUGCGUGCUUUUGGCCAAGCCUGGAGGCGCUACUACUCAUUGGGUGGUCACAGAGGAUGGAAAAAUUCAACAGCAGGUGGAUUCACCACUCAAUUUGAAACAUCCCCACGAUCUUGUUAUCUUCAUGAGGCAAGAAACCCGUGUGAACUACCUCAAAAAGCUUGAGAAGCAGCUGGUUGCUCAGAAAAUUCAUAUAGAGGAAAAUGAAGAUCGGGACACUGGAUUGGAACAACGACAUUACAAAGAGGAUGCAGAUUGUGUCACAGCUAAAGUCCCCCUGGGGGACCUGGACCUAUAUGAUGGAACGUACAUCUCCCUUGAGAGCAAAGACAUAAGCCUUGAGGACUAUGUCGAUCAUAGAUCUCCUCUGCCACCUGACCUGGAGAAGCCUGACUGUGCUAAGAUCCUCAACCUCCCAUAUAGUAUUCAUGCUUUCCAGCACCUCCGGGGAGUGCAAGAGAAAGCCAACCUGACCUCUCCUUUACUGUCAAAAGAGGACCCCAUUUUUGGUUCUCUAUCUUACCAUUUGGGUCGUAGCAUGGAGGAAGUAGGACACAGAAUAUAUCAGGGCCUUUUACGUAACUCUUCGUCUUGGGUACUGUAUAAUAUGGCAUCCUUUUAUUGGCGGAUGAAGAAUGAACCAAGGCAGGCUAUUGAUUGUGUGGUCCGUGCCCUACACUUCUCACCAAGGGUCCACAAGGACGUGGCUCUGGUGAACAUGGCCAACAUCCUGCACAGAGCCCACUUCUCUGCUGACGCUGCCAUCCUUGCCCACGCUGCUCUAGACCUCACCUCAGACUUCCUCACCAGUCACUACACCCUGGGCAACAUCUAUGCUAUGCUGGGGGAGUACAACCACUCUGUGCUGUGCUACGAGCAAGCACUGCAGGUGCUGCCCGGCUUUGAGCAGGCUUUGAGACGCAAGCAUGCUGUCCUCUGCCAGCAGAAACUGGAGCAGAGACUGGAGGCCCAGCACAGAUCCCUCCAGCGUACGCUGAAUGAGCUGAAGGAGUACCAGAAGCAGCAUGACCACUACCUCCGUCAGCAGGAGGUGCUGGACAAGCACAAGCUCAUCCAGGAGGAGCAGAUCCUCCGCAACAUCAUCCACGAGACGCAGAUGGCAAAGGAAGCGCAGCUGGGGAACCACCAGAUGUGUCAUCUGGGCCCACAGCAGCGGAACCUCUUCUGCCCGUUUGACCUGCCAGUGCGUUACCAUCGCGGGGACCUGUUUGAGAAUGUACACUACAUCCAGUUUGGGGAGGAGGUGUCUGUGGCGAGCAGCGUGGCCCUGGUGUCAGAGAUGAGUGCCAACGAGAGCCACAGCCCCCAGCCCUACUUCUCCAUGUCCAGUGGAGAGAACCCAGCAUCCCUCUGGGGCCAGGAGGCCUCCUCUGCCACGGCUGGCCUGUCUGUGCUCUGGCCCCGGAGGUCCGACUGCGCUCACCAUUUCCCCUCGCUGCCCCCGGCCCAUCUGAUGCCCACCUUCUACCUCCCGCCAGAGACCAGGGGCUACGGGCUUCAGAACACGCUGUAUGAGAACAGAAGCCCCCCUUUGUCUCCGGAGCUGCCCGACUGCGGCUCCGGCCCCCAGCCUCGCCCACAGGACCCGCUGGCCUCCCUGGCUUUGGCUCUGGAGGGGAAGGAGCUACCUGACCUUCAUGCCACAGAGAUCUUACUGUCACGCAGUGGUGGGUGGAGCUUGGAGCAAACCGGAGCACUGAUAGCCCAAGCAAUGAAGAUGAAGAGCGCCCCCCGCUGGCUGGUGCAGAACGAGGCUGGGCUUUUCUGGCGCGCCAAGGGUAACGGGACGCGGGCGCUGCAGUGCAUACGCCAGGCCCUGGACGCAGCCCUGCCACAGCACCGCGACGUGCCACUGGUCAACGCUGCCAGCCUGCUGCUACGCUACAGCCAGGUCCACGAGGCCCAGCAGCUGCUGCAGGAGGCCCAGGAGCUCAACGCCUCAGAGCCCCACUCAGUGCUCAGCCUGGUCAGUGUGCACCUGUCCCAGGCCAACGUGACCGGGGCACUGUCCCUGUUCCGCCGUGCCCUCACCCUGAAGUCCAGCUGUGCCCAGUGCCACGCCAGCCUGCCCCUGCUGCGCUGCCUGCAGUUCUACCCCUUCCUCUACAACCUCCAGCGCCCGCCCUGCACACAGGACUCCGGCUGUAAUGGCGAUGAGGAGCCGGACCUGCAGCUGGAGGACUGGGAGGCCGGCAUCAUUGAGCGACAGGACGGGGCAGAAGCGAGCCCGCCACCCAUGGGUGCUGUGGAGGACUCCCUGCUGUUUGAGAGGGUGGUGCUGGAUAGUAAUGGUUCUGGAGAGGCUGGGCAGCAGGAGAAGACGGGUGGAGAGGAGGCCGUCCCCAGGGAGGGGAAGCGGGCAGGAGAGGAGGAGGACUGGCAGCUGAAGGAGGAGCUCAUGGGGGCCUUUGAGGGUGCGCUGGACGUCAGCGGGAAAAGGGGGGACCUGAGGGGCAUCCGCGUGCUGAAGAACGACCGAGUGAUGGGUGGCCGCUCUGGAGGUCCCUGCUUCGGGAACUGUGAGGACGACGAGGGGGCAGAGUGGAUCACGUUCCAGGUGAAGCGCGUGAGGAAGCCCAAGGCGGAGGCUGCAGAUGGCUGGAUCCAGGACGAGGGCUUCCACCAGGGGACGCCUUCAGCUGGCCACUCCAUCCUGGAGAUCAGUGGACCCACCAUCCCCUCCCCGGGACCCGCCGGUCGCUGGCGUGAUUACACGAGUCUGGGCUGGCCUGGUCCCGAGGAGUGCCAGCGCACGCGUAGGGUGGACCUGACCACCGUGGCCAGCACCUGGCUCGCUGUCUCCGCCAAGAACAUUGACAUCACGGAGCACAUCGACUUUGCCACCCCACUCCAGGAGCCGGCGGCAGAGCCGGUGUGCAACGCCAACCUGCCUGCCAGCAUGCACACGCUGGACCACCUGGGAGGGGUGGCGAAUCGCGGCGGCAUCCACUACACCGGGGAGAGUCAGCUUCGUGAGGUGCUCCAGAACCUUGGCAAAGACAAAUAUCCACCUCAAUCCUUUGAGCAAGUGGGCACCCGCAUCGCCAAAGUCCUUGAGAAGAACCAGACAUCAUGGGUCCUGUCCAGCAUGGCAGCGCUGUACUGGAGGGUCAAAGGUCAGGGCAAGAGGGCCGUCGACUGUCUGCGCCAAGCACUGAACUACGCCCCGCACCACAUGAAGGAUGUCCCCCUCAUCAGCCUGGCUAACAUCUUCCAGAACGCCCGUCUCUGGGAGGAUGCGCUGACCGUGGCCCGCAUGGCCGUUGAGAUCGCUCCACACUUUGUGGUCAACCAUUUCACCCUGGCCAACGUCUACAUUGCAAUGGAGGAGUUUGAAAAGGCGAUGCACUGGUACGAGUCUACCCUGAAGCUUCAGCCGGAGUUUGCCCCAGCCAAAGAUCGACUCCGCACCAUCCAGUGCUACCUGCUCACCAAGAGGGAGCGGCGUAUUCCUUAAACCUGGACCGUAGGGGAUGGAGAGGGGCCAAGAGGCCAGACCUAUAAAAGAUCUUUCAUGUCUCACACAUGGAGAGACUUAUGCACACAGUCUGACACACACACACACACACACACACACACACACCACAGAUGCACACAUAGGAAGGCAUACACAAACCCGUUUUUAGAUACAAUUGAGAAAUGAAAUGAUUGAUUUGUUUUGUUCAGAAUUUGUGCUUCGACUCCAUAUCAUAUAAUUUUAUUUCAAAUGGUUUGGGGGAUUCUUAAGGGUGAAGGGAGUCUGCUCCUCCUCUCCUCUCCUCUCCUCUCCAAAUCAACUUAAAAUAACUGUUCCAAGUCUUCAGAUUCCCUGAUUUUAAGCUCCAUGAUUUGCACUGGGUGGUUGAUUGACCUGUGGACAGUUAGUGACCUAAGCAGUGUUCUGGCAAAACAUGCAUUAAUGUCACCAACGUCAUGACACUCAUGAAAGAAUUCCAAGUCACACGGGCUGAAUGUGAAACCUUGUAUGACUAUAACAUACUGGAUGUGAAGCACCUACCUGUAGCUUCUUUAAACAACAUUCUUCAGUUUAACAAUGCAACCUUUUCCGAGUGCUUUACAGACAUGUUCAUGUUGUCAUCUCGGUCUUUAGGGGUUAGUUACUAUCACACUUUCAUGUGUGCCAAAUGUGGUGACGUAUUCUGUACAGUUGGGCCUCACAUUCCCCAUCUUCUUUCUGUUUUUCUGUUCAACCAGGCCUCUGUUCACAGUCGUGCAGAGUGUGGUGUGGGAGGGCUAUGAAUGUGCAUUCGGGGUUUAGCAGUAUUCUCAAGUCAGGCAUAAAAGCACCCACCACUCCCUUCCAGGCAGGAGGGGUGUUUGUUCUGGCACAAACAUAGCCUAAAUACCAUAGUGAGACUCCACCCCAUCCCCUCCCCCCCCAUCUCUUCAGUAUGGAAAGGCCCAGUGAGUGUCUCAGGGUUCACCACUGACCAGCGAGUUCAUUUGAGUCAUUUAGGAGAUAUAUAUAUAUUUGCCAGGGUCAGCAGUAGCAGCCAUGGUGUAAAAGGGAAGUUUACAUUCAAACCAAAAUGAAUAGGGAAGUAUUGACUGAAAAUCAUGUGUUUGUUAUCAUUUCUGUUAAGCUCACUUCACAAUAUGCAAAUGGUUUUGGAAACUGAAAUGGUUCAUCCUUUAGGAUUUGAUUUCAAUUCCGUUGUAGCUGAUUGCUUGACAGGAAAUCCACAGUUGUACUGCUGCUGCUCAAAGUUGAAAAGGGGGUAUUGGUCAUCAUGCUUUGCACCUAUUUCAUGACCAUUCCAUGAGUAUGUGGGACCUAACAGAGUGAAAAUGUGACAUUGGAAGCGAUGCUCAUGCAUUAAAGAAAUGAUGUGCUCCUCUGUAUGCUCUUAUUUAAGAAACUCUGAAAAAAAGCAAUGAUUGGUUGCCUUAGAUCAUACAAAAAUGACUUAAUUUAAAAUCUGAUUGACUGUGUUGUAUGUAUUUAGACAGUGAAUACUUUUUUUUUUCAUUGGCUCAAAAAUUCAGUGUAUCCAUUGUCUUUGUAUGAACAUCAAAAGCUUGUUGGACAAUAAAUACCAGGGUUUUUCCAACCCUGUGAGUGGAUGAAUGUA